CAUGUCGGAGCGGAAGGUGUUGAACAAAUAUUACCCUCCAGACUUUGAUCCAGCGAAGAUCCCAAAGCUCAAACUCCCGAAGGAUCGGCAAUAUGUGGUGCGGCUCAUGGCUCCCUUCAACAUGCGCUGUAAGACCUGUGGGGAGUACAUCUACAAGGGGAAGAAGUUCAAUGCCAGGAAGGAGACUGUGCAGAAUGAGGUGUACCUGGGCCUGCCCAUCUUCCGCUUCUACAUCAAGUGCACUCGCUGCCUGGCAGAGAUUACCUUCAAGACAGAUCCCGAGAACACAGACUACACCAUGGAACACGGAGCCACUCGCAACUUCCAGGCUGAGAAGCUCCUGGAGGAAGAAGAGAAGAGGAUGCAGAAGGAGAGGGAAGAGGAAGAGCUCAACAAUCCCAUGAAGGUCCUGGAGAACCGAACCAAGGACUCCAAGCUGGAGAUGGAGGUUCUGGAGAACCUGCAGGAGCUGAAGGAGCUCAACCAGCGCCAGGCAAACGUGGAUUUUGAGGCCAUGCUGAAGCAGUACAAGGAAUAUGAGGAGGAGCAGAAGCGAAAGGAGCAAGAGGAGGAUGAGCAGGAAAUGAAAUCCAUGCUGGAACAGGCCCAGAACCGACGGCUCCUUCUGGACUCUGACUCAGAUGAAGAACCAUCGAAAUCCCACCCAAAACCCUCAGCUAGAAUAAACCCCACAGACAUCCUGCAGGAGGACCCAGAACCACAGAGCAAGAAGCUGAAGACACAGAGCUGGGAGAGAAGUGUGGGCAAGCUGAACAGCAAGACCCAGCUGGCUGGGCUGGUGGCCCUGAAGAAGCAGAAGCCACAUCCUAAUGGCACUGAGGACAAAGGCACCACAGGUGACACAGGCUCGUUUCCCGCAGCAACAGGCACCACCUCCUCCCUCGGGCUCUUGGGAGCCUACUCGGACAGCGAGGACAGCGACUGA